AUGUGGGGCAGGAGUGAGGGCAGAGCUAGGUGCAUCCUCCCCUCACUGGCUGUUCUCUCCCUGCAGGUGAAGGAGAACAACUACCGAGGCCACGGGGACAGUGUGGAUCAGCUCUGCUGGCACCCCAGCAACCCUGACCUCUUCGUCACAGCCUCUGGGGACAAGACCAUUCGCAUCUGGGACGUCAGAACCACCAAGUGCAUCGCCACUGUCAAUACUAAAGGUGAGAACAUCAACAUCUGCUGGAGCCCUGAUGGACAGACCAUCGCUGUGGGGAACAAGGACGACGUGGUCACCUUCAUUGAUGCCAAGACACAUCGCUCCAAAGCUGAGGAACAGUUCAAGUUUGAGGUGAAUGAGAUCUCCUGGAACAAUGACAACAAUAUGUUCUUCCUCACCAACGGCAAUGGCUGCAUCAACAUCCUCAGCUACCCAGAGCUGAAACCCAUCCAGUCCAUCAAUGCUCAUCCUUCCAACUGCAUCUGUAUCAAGUUUGAUCCCAUGGGGAAGUACUUUGCCACGGGCAGUGCUGAUGCCCUGGUCAGCCUCUGGGAUGUGGAUGAGCUGGUGUGUGUGAGGUGCUUCUCCAGGCUUGACUGGCCUGUGCGGACACUGAGCUUUAGCCACGAUGGGAAGAUGCUAGCGUCGGCAUCAGAAGAUCACUUCAUUGACAUUGCCGAGGUGGAGACAGGAGAGAAGCUCUGGGAGGUGCAGUGUGAGUCCCCCACCUUCACAGUGGCCUGGCACCCGAAGAGGCCACUGCUGGCCUUCGCCUGUGACGACAAAGAUGGCAAAUACGACAGCAGCCGGGAGGCUGGAACCGUCAAGCUCUUCGGGCUCCCCAACGACUCUUGAUGAAGCCACACUGAGGGAGGCCACACCUGCCUUCUCUCGGGGAUGGGAGCUGCUUAGUUGUAGGGGUGGGAAGGAGUUGGCUCCCCUCCUUGCCGGCCUGGCAGGGCUGUGACCUCGGACUGGGCUUGGUGUGUCUUGCUCUUAGGAGCAUUUGUAAACAGGCAGCUGUGUGCUGGGGAGAAUGGGGGGAUGCUGGCAGGGGCCCC